UCUGACUCUACGAGUCCACAGACUUGUGUGAUCUCUCAAGAAAAUACAAGGAAAAAGGCAUAGAGAAAAUGGUCGUAGUAAUAGCAGCAAAUCCCCUCAGCUUCCUCCAUUCUCUACGGCCCCGACAUCUGGGUCCUUCAUUUGCUACCAGUUUCGGAUCUCCUAAUGCUUUCAUGGCUGCUUCCUCCCUCCCCUCCUGCCCCAAGAGGUUAAGGAAUCCCUUCAGCUAUCCCUGCCAAGUACAUAAUCAAGCGGCCCACUCCUUGCCACCACAUAAGAAGGAAAUAUUCAAAUCCAUGGAAGACUGGGUGCAAAAGAAUGUCUUGAUCUACCUCAAGCCUGUUGAGAAGUGCUGGCAACCACAGGACCUUCUACCAGAUUCCAACUCUGAAGAAUUCUAUAUGAAAAUUAAGGAAAUAAGAGAGAAAGCAAAGGAGAUCCCCGACGACUAUUUCGUCGCCUUAGUCGGAGAUAUGAUCACAGAGGAAGCUCUUCCAACUUACCAAACAAUGCUGAACACUGGAGAUGGAGUGCGGGAUGAAACAGGAGCCAGUCCUACUUCAUGGGCAGUGUGGAUAAGGGCAUGGACUUCUGAGGAAAACAGACAUGGAGACCUUCUAAACAAGUACCUCUAUCUUUCUGGAAGGGUAGACAUGAAGAAAAUUGAAAAGACAACUCAGUAUCUUAUUGGUUCAGGAAUGGAUCCAAUGACUGAGAAUAACCCCUACCUUCUAUUCAUCUACACAUCAUUCCAAGAGAGGGCUACCUUCAUCUCCCAUGGGAAUACAGCCAACCUUGCCAUGAAGUAUGGGGACAAGGAGCUAGCAAAACUAUGUGGAACCAUUGCUGCUGAUGAGAAGCGCCAUGAGAUUGCCUAUACAAAGAUCAUAGAGAAGCUUUUUGAGAUUGACCCAGAUGGUACCAUCUUGGCUUUUGCAGAUAUGAUGAAGAAGAAGAUCAUAAUGCCAGCCCACAUGAUGUUUGAUGGACAAGAUGAGAACCUUUUUCAGCACUAUUCCACAGUUGCACAGCGGCUUGGUGUUUACACAGCAAAGGACUAUAAUGAUAUACUGGAAUGCAAGGUGAGUAAAUGGAAUGUGGAGAAGUUAACAGGCCUCUCUAGUGAAGGGAGAAGAGCACAAGACUAUGUCUGUGGUUUGGUUCCAAAGUUCAGAAAAUUGGAGGAAAAAGUUGCCAUGAGAGCCAAGCGAGCACCCACCAUUCCUUUGAGUUGGAUUUUCUAUAGACAAGUAUAAAUCUCCACCACAGUCUACAACAUAGGAGUAAGGUCAGUUUAUGUAAUUUUAAACAUCUUUAUUUAAAUAUAUGGCUUGUGUAUGCAAUGGACUACACGUAUA